UAUCUUCACGAGGGCAUCCUGCAUAUACCAGGUUAAUAUUUACUGAUGUGCUAAUAUAAUAAUGACCUCUCUGCCUCUGCUCCUCUCUGGGGUAUUUGCUAUCUAUAGGGAUGGGAAUUAAUGACAGUCUCUCUGUGCUGCCUGAUGUCAGAGCUGAGAAAGGUGUGAAGGGUAUAUAAGAGCUGUGUUACUUGUCAGCAAGGAAGGGGGGAAAGGGAUACUCCAGAGCUAGAUGCAAGCGUGGAAUUGUUGCAUGUACCUUUCUUGCUAACACAGGAGUGCUUCUUCAGUUAGCUCCCUCACCACUAAAAGAAAGUUUGGAAGCCAAAAUGUGCAGCCUGAAGCUGUCAGUUUUCUUCAUUGCACUUUCUGUCACUCUGAGCUGUUUGGAAGCUACACCUAUUGAGAAAUUACUCUCUGUGGCUGAUGAUCCAUCUGAUGCUACUUCCAGAAGACAAGGAUGGAUGUUGCCAGUAAUGUCACGGAAUACACUCUCAGAACUUAGUGAGGAAAUGCCAGAACAACCAGCAGCAAAGAUAAAAAGUAGUCACCAGCUGGAGAAACGGAAAUGCAACACUGCUACCUGUGUGACACAACGCUUGGCUGACUUUUUAGUUCGUUCCAGCAACAACAUCGGAGCAAUUUAUUCACCUACAAAUGUAGGGUCCUAUACAUACGGAAAGAGGGACACAGUUGGGCUUUUAAGCAGAGAACCCCAAAACAAUGCACAGCUUUAG